AUGAAUGGUGCCUCAAACGCUACGGGUAACGAAAAUGGGGCUGUCCCAAUAUCUCCAGAAGGAGAUCACUAUCCUUUCACCAGUAAACUUAAUUUUGGUUGCACAAAUAACAUGAUGGAAUACAAUGCGUGUAUCAUAGGUAUUCGUGCAACUAUAGAAAGUAAGAUCAAGGUACUGGAGGUAUAUGGGGAUUUUGCACUAGUAACCUAUCAUAUCAAAGGUGAAUGGGAGACGAGAGAUCCCAGGUUGAUUGAUUAUCGAACGCUAGUUCUUGAGUUAAUUAAGGAGUUUGAUGACAUUACCUUCUGUUACCUUCCGCAAGAUGAAAAUUACAUGGCUGAUGCCUUGGCUACUUUAGCCUCCAUGGUCAAAGUGAACAAACAAGAGGUUGUAAAACCUAUCCAGAUGACCAUUUAUAAGGGCCUGACCCAUUGUUACAACAUCGAGGAAGAAAAAAGGGAUCACCCUUGGUACUAUGACAUAUUGCAAUAUGUAAGGAACCAUGAAUACCCUGAGCAAGCUAUCGAGAAUGAUAAAAGGACUCUAAGAAGGCUAGCUAAUGAGUAUGUCCUAGAAAGGGAGGUCCUCUACAAAAUAAGAAAAGGUGUACGGAGACCGUACAGUGACGUGGCACGGCGCGGAGACCAGCUGGAGGCGUGUGGCGAGAACGGAGGUGCACGCGAGGGCAAAGGCUCGGCACACGUGGAGGAAGGCCUUGGGGCUGCGGCGCUGGAAGUUGUUUGCUGCUAG